ACAUGACUCCUCCGCAGAAAGAGGUGUUUUUAACGGAGGACAAUCAUUCGAUACAAAAAAGGUGGCGUGAGCCGCGGAAACGUCACCAGUCCCCGCCUUAAAUUAUAAGAAUCAAUUCUUCGAUUUUUUUCCCCCCUCUUUUUUUUUUUUUUUUUUUUAAAUCAGAGCAGAUGGUUGGAAGCUGUUAUCUGGCUGUGGCACACAGGACGCGCGGCAGCAAGGGACACCAAAAACAUCUGCAGAAGUCAGGCUGAAAUACUAAUAUUAAUACAAGAAAUAUCAUCAGUGCUUUCAUUGAAUAUUUAUCCGUGGGGUUUAGAAAAUAAGAAAGAAAGAAAGAAAAAGAGCAAUGCGUCCCAUUUCUGGCUGGAUUGGCUGGGCGCUGUGUUUGUGCGCAUCUUCGGCCGUCUGCGCGCAGGACUACACCGAGGACGACGAGACGGUCCUGGAAGCGAUCCGCGACGACGGACAUGAGGCUGAAACUGGAAGCGAGCCCGCUGCAGAGUUGCUCAAGUGCAACAAGGCGGCUUGGCGCAUGCCCGGUCAGUAUCUGGUCAUCUUGCACCAAGGGACGCACGAGUCUCAGGUCCAGAGGACCAUCAGGAGGCUGCGAGCCAAAGCAGCCAGGAGAGGUUACCUGCUGGAGAUCCUGCAGACCUACUCUGGAGUUCUGCAGGGCUUCCUGGUCAAAAUGAGCCACAACGCCCUUCACCUGGCUGUGAAGCUUCCUCAUGUCCAAUACAUAGAGGAAGAUUCGUCCAUCUUUGCUCAGAGCGCCCCCUGGAACCUGCAGCGACUACUGCAGCCUCAUGGUGGCGUCUCUGUAAAUGGAACAUACCUGCCUCCAAAUGACGGAGAGAUGGCGGAGGUGUACCUAAUGGACGGCAGCGUUCAGAGCUCCCACAGGGAGGUCGAAGGACGCGUUCUCAUCACAGACUUUAAUAACGUCCCUGAGGAGGAUGGAGUCAGAGUUCAUAGGCAGGCCAGUCAGUGUGACGGUCACGGCACCCACUUGGCUGGGGUUGUGACCGGAUCGGAUUCGGGUGUCGCCCGGGGGGCCGGCGUUAACCUGGUCCGUGUGCUCAACUGUCAGGGUAAAGGAACCGUGUCUGGAGCUCUCGCAGGGCUGGAGUACAUCCAAGCAUCCCUACUGGCCCGCCCUGUGGAUGCGGCGAUUGUCUUGCUGCCCUUCGUCGGUGGCUUCAGCCGAUCGCUGAACGCCGCCUGCAGAGAGAUGGUGGCCAGCGGAGCUGUUGUCAUCGCCGCCGCAGGGAACUACCGAGAAGACGCCUGCCUCUAUUCGCCCGCUUCAGAACCCGAGGUCAUCACCGUCGGCGCCGUGAACUCGGCGGACCAACUCAUGUCGCAAGGAGCCGGGGGCACGAACUUUGGCCGCUGCGUCGAUCUCUUUGCGCCCGGCGAUGACAUCGUCAGUGCCAGCAGUGACUGCAGCACCUGCUUCACCUCGCAGAGCGGGACCUCGCAGGCCGCGGCUCACGCUGCCGGAAUAGCAGCCGUGAUCCUGUCCUCCAAUCAGAUUGCGUCGCCGGUGCAGGUCCUGCAGGUGAUGCUGCGUUAUUCUGUUAGCAACACCAUUAACUUCCUGCCUCUGUCUCAAACGCACAGUCUCACUACUCCAAACCUGGUGGCAGCAAUGCCUCCUUUCAACAACCCCACAGCAAAUGGAGAACUUCUGUGCCGCUCCGUGUGGUCGGAGAGGUCAGGGCUGUCGAGAGCAGACACGGCCGUGAGCCGCUGUCGCGUCGGGGAGGAGAUGAUGGGCUGUGACAGCUACGCUCCCGAUGGCGCCCGCGUGGGAGAAACCCUCACUGAGAGCAACGGGCGCAUGGAGUGCGUUGCCUACAACGGACCCGCUGGCAACGGUGUGUUUGCUGUGGCCCGCUGCUGUGUGAUCGGUGGUCUGCGGUGCCAGGCCCACGGCAGUCCUGAGCCCGGGCAGGAGGCUCGGUGCGCCGGCCCACAGCACCACCUCACAGGUUGCACCACUUGGUCCGCCACAGAGAUCUCGUCUGACUCCCGUCCUCAUCACGGAGCCGGGAGGAGUUGCCUGGUGAAGGCCGGCGUCACGUCCCACGCCGUCUGCUGCCACGCUCCGUCUCUCCAGUGCCGUCUGUUGGAGACCGCGUUGUCCGACAGAGACCAGGUUGAGCUGUCCUGUCCUUCAGGCUGGACCUUGACGGACUGCAGCGGCGUCUCUCAGGGCUCUGCGGCCCGAGGCUCGGUUCCCGGGGGCAACGGAUGCCGCCUCCACGGCGGGGCGCAGGUCGGGGCGGUGGGAGUGGCUGUCUGCUGCCGUGUCGCACCACCAGACCCCCCCCGCUACAGCCCCUAACUGAACACAGCCGUCCCCCCCCAUCUUUUCUCUGAGCUCCUUCACCCUCGCAGGCACUUUGAUGUACUCGAUAUCUACAGUGAGCACUUCUGCAAAGCUGAGAAUCACAUCCAACGCUCCACAUUGUCUUCUUAUCUGUUUUCAAACCAUCCGAUAUACAAGUUUUAAAAAAGAAAUAUAUCCUGAUAUUUUUUUGUAUCUUUGUACUGGACAAACAUAAUAAACAACAGUCAUGAACACAAGAUUCAAACAAGCCAGUAUUUCCCUGAUGUCUCUGUCUGCUUGACUGCCAAACUAGCCCAAAUCAUCACCCUUCCACCUCCGUGCUCUGCAGUGAUGCUGUGACCGACUUUUGCCCAACAUGGAGCACUGGCAACAUUUGAUCUCGGUCUGUCCAAAGGAUGUUCCUGAACUCUUCUAGUUGAUUCAGGUGGUUUGCUGCCAUGCUCUCUGUAGAGCCAGAAGUUCUCCUGAGAGCUCUUAGAAAAAAAAAAAAAAAA